GCUUGUUCUAUAACAUUGGGGACACUAAACACUCUGGGUCUCAGUUUCUUCAUCUGUAAAAUGAACACAGUGAAAUAGAUGAACUCUCAGGCUCUUAGGGGGCACUUUAUGUCAUAUAUUCAUUAUAUCAGAUCCUGUGACUUUGUCAGUGCCAAUGAAAAAUGUGUCUAGGCCCUGGCAGGUAUGGAUUGGUGGUUGAGCAUAGACCUAUGAACCGGGAGGUCACAGUUCGAUUCCGGGUCAGGGCACAUGCCCAGGUUGCAGGUUCGAUCUCCAGUAGGGGGCGUGCAGGAGUCAGCCAAUCAAUUAUUCUCUCUCAUCAUUGAAGUUUCUAUCUCUCCCUCUCCCUUCCUCUCUGAAAUCAAUAAAAAAAAAUUUUUAAAAAAAGAAAAGAAAAAUGUCUCGUUAUCAAUGGAGAGUCCCUUGCAGAUUCUUAGAGUCAUUGUUGUGUUUUCUCCACCCCCAUUUUUCUUUUAGAUCUGUACUGGAAGGCAGCAUGUCCAAUGUUUCCUUAAGAAAAACAUCUCCCACAGGAAACGCUAUGAAGAGUUCUACUCAGGGAACAGCACAGAGACAACAGGGUUUUCUCGAGGUGAACAAAAGAAGGACUUUCUUACAGGAUAACAGCUGGAUAAAGAACCGUCCUGAAGAAGAAAGAAAUGAAAAUUAUGGUAGGGUGGUGCUGAACCGACAUAACUCCCAUGAUGACUUGGAGAGGAAAAUAAAUGAGAUAAAUGAGCUAAAAGCCACAAUUAGCCGGUACAGAUCUGAUGACAGUUUGGACAGGAUCUCAGACAGACAUGAUGCUGCUAAAACAUAUAAGGCCAAAACCUUGGAUAAUCAACUAACCAAUAGAAAUAUGUCCGCAUUUAGAUCACCAGAAGCAACAAAAAUGCGACCUGGAGGUUUUGUCAGUCCGAACACCACCAGCACCCUCCCUCCCACCUCUGCUACAACCCCUGUAAAGAAAAAGAGACAGUCCUGGUUUCCACCGCCCCCUCCAGGAUAUAAUGCCACUCCAAGCACAGGAGCAAGCAGAAGGGAACCAGCUGUUCACCCUCCAAUACCACCAAAGCCCAGUUCUCCUGUUUUAUCUCCUAACCAGCUGAGACGGGAUAAUAGGCAGAUUUGUCCACCUAAAGCAAGUGUAUAUACAGAAACCAACAGAUCUGCUGAAAGAAAUAUAAGUCGUCAGGAUCUGGAGAACAUCGUCAAAGUGGCUACUUCACUUCAGAGAACUGACAAGGGUGAAGAAUUGGAUAAUAUCAUCAAAAUGAACAAAAGCUUGAAUAGAAAUCAAGGUCUUGAUAGCAUCUUCAGAACAACUCCUAAGGCAGAGCAAAUAGAGAAAAGAGCCCAAAGCCUUGACAGUCUCCUCUUUCUGAAUAGCCGGCCAAACAAAGAUGGCAAAGGAAACCAAACUCUCGACAGUUUCAUUAAAGAAAACCCCAGAACACUCAAGAAUGACAAAGGAAAUCAAGGCCUUGGAAGUUUUAUCCAAGUUAAUCAAAGGACUGACCCGUAUGAGAAAGGAAAACAAGACCUCAGUGGGCACAUUAAAGUGAGUCCUGAAACAAAUAAAAAUAUCAAGAGGGGCCAGAGUCUUGGCAAUCUCAGCAGUGUGACCCCUGAAGUGAGCAGAAGUGACUCAGGUUCCAAAGACCUUGAUAACCUCAUCAAAGUGAAUCCAAGAACAGACAAAAGUGUGCAAGGGAGCCAAAGUGUUGACAGCCUCAUCAAAGUGACUCCUGAAACAAAGAGAACUAACCAAAGGAACCAAGACCUGAACAAUCUUAUCAAAGUGACCCCCUCAGCAAACAAGAGAAAUCAAGAUCUCGACAAGCUCAUCAAAGUGAAUCCUGAAACUCUCACCAACAAUAGGAGAAACCAGGAUCUCGAUACUCUCAUCAGAGUGAACCCCGCAGCGGUCCGAAGCACUCAGAGCCAAGACUUGGACAAUCUUAUUAAAGUGAAACCGUCCGCUCUCAGGAACACGGCGCGAGAUCGGGACCUGGAAAAUUUAAUUGAAGUAAAUUCUAAUGUGCCCAAAAAUAAGAAUGGAAGGCUGGAAGACCAAGUCAAUGGACUGACUGAUGCUUCCAACAACCGGUCCCCCAGAACGACUACCCAUUCUUAUGAAGCGAGGAAGAAUCUCAGUUCCAAUGCUGACCCCGGGCCUGCAGGACCAAAGGAUACCGUUGUAUACACGAGAACAUAUGUGGAGAACAGUAAAUCUCCAAAGGAUGGCUACCAGGAGAACAUUUCUGGAAAAUACAUACAAACUGUUUAUUCAACUUCAGAUAGGUCUGUCAUUGAAAGAGAUAUGUGCACCUACUGCCGAAAGCCCUUGGGCACAAAAACCAAAAUGAUUUUAGAUGAAUUACAAAUUUGCUGCCAUUCCACUUGCUUCAAGUGUGAAAUAUGCAAACGGCCUCUGGAAAACCUGAGAGCGGGAGACAGUAUUUGGAUUUAUCAACGGACAAUACACUGUGAACCUUGCUACUCCAAAGUUGUGGCAAAGUGGAUUCAAUAAUUCUGGCACAUGGAAAUCAAGAUGAAAGCAUUCAUUAAGGAAUUAAAAAAUUAUUUUAAGAAUAUGUAAUUUAGAAAAGCUUUUACUCUGAAGAUUGAGUUUUGUAUACAAUGAACAAUUCUGCUAUUGCAUAAAUAACCUAAUUGCCUUCAAAAAGGUCAUAUACAUAAAGGGAACCAUCUGUUAUCUGGCUAGAUUCAGUCAUCAAAAAUUCAAGUGGUUUCAGUUACCAAUGUCAAAGGAAUGAUGCUCCUGAUGGCUGUGAGCAUCGUCACCCCAAGCAGGUCCACCCCUGCUCCAUCAAGCUGUGCAUCGUGAUUUCUAUUAUAAACAAAUUUCACAUUGUCUCACCUUUGUUUCCCUAAGAAUUUGGAUUUGCAGACAUUAUUGACAAACUGUCAAGAAAGCAAGAUAUGUUUCCUUCAUGUGCAAAAGAAAUGUUGAUAGAAAUUUUCUUAUAAAGUUUGGCCAAUAAUAACAUAAAGUCAUAUGGACCUCAGAAAGUCAUCUGAACUUUCUGGUCUCUCUUUUUUAUCUACAAUAUGAAGGGCAUUGAAAACUGUCCCAAAGGUCCCUUUCUGCUCCUCAAAUUAUUCUAAAGCAAGUUUUUGUUUGCUCUUUAGAAAUAUAUCUGAAUAUGUGUUUGUUAAUCAUUUUGAACUAGAGAGGACAUCUGAAUAGCUUAACUUCAGUGUCAUUAUUCAUUUUAUUGCAGAUAUAAUUUUAAAAAACAGAAAGACAUUGGCUUAUGGGUAAUGGGUAAAAUUAUAUGACAUGUAUUUUACAUAUUAUAAUUUGUUAAUUUUUUGCAUGUGUUUCAAAAUCUGGUUAUAUAAAUAAUCUAUGAGAAAAUAAUGGUUAUGGACUACAAAAUACAUGUUCUUUAGCAUGUUACAUCUAUUCAUAUUACAUAGCACUUUAUGUUUACAGAUGGCUUAUGCAAAUAAAAUGAACUAUCAGUGAUAACGAAUCAUUUUGUGGCCUGUCUAUAAAUAUCAUUCAUUGGCAUUGAUUUUGUCAAUUACAGUGAUCACACUUUAUUAUAUUCUAUACCACACUGGUUAACUUAAUUAUUUAGCUUCUAAAGCUAUAGCUUUUAUUUUCAAAGAGCUUUUUUCAAGGAAUUGAAAAUCCAGUAAUCAUAUGUGAGGAACUUAGACUAUUGUUAAGAUUGAGAAAUUGAACUUAUAAACUAUUUUAUGUGUACAUAGCAACUGCUUCUUGAAGGAAGGCAUAUGGAACAAUGAGGAGAGGGUGUCAUUUGGGGGAAGUUUAAAGCAGUUGUAAUCAACUGACAUAAAUUAGGGAGAUUAUAAAAAGAUAAUCAUGUAUUUUUCAAAUGUUGAUAAAUUUAAAGAAUUAGUCUUCUGGAUGAUGAUUUCAAGCAUCUGCUCUUCUUAGAGACUAGUCCGUGGUUGUAAACACAAAAUGCUUAUCAAAAUUCAGCAAUGUAUAAUUGUUGUCCUGUAAAAAGGAGCCAGGAAAAAACAAUUAAUAAUAAUUUGAUAUUCAUUAAUUCAUGCUUGAUGAGAAGCAGUGGUAAUUGAGCCAUAUGUUUUAUUGUUCCUUAAUUACAUGCUAUCAGAGUGGAUCAAAAGAAAUCAUUUUCUUAGAGUUGGAAUUCGUGGCAGAAAAAGAUGGAUGGAAUAGUAUCCCUGCCUUUUAUGUAAAGUGUAUUAACAUCUCAAUACAUUUGUAGUAAUUAAAAAUCAUUUGAAUGCCAUUUUUAAAGUAGUCUACUUUAUAAUGCUUCAUUUAAAAAAAAAAACCCUAAAAGGAACAUAUUUCUGAAGCUGUUUAAUGGACCCUUUCUUCCACUAUAAUGUAUUCAAUUAAGCCAAAAGCUGUUGUAAAAAUGGAAUAAAUAUGGAGUGGAGAGAGAAGGGCUUCUGAUUCACCUAGUCAGCUUCAUCAUGUCUGGGCUUAUUCACACCAUAGGAAUGACAGAUUCUUAAAACAAUUUGGAAAGUCUCUUUAUAUUGCAGCCAGUUAAAAGAUGUAUCUGAAAGAGAAUGAAUUGCUUCAGGACAAUAUCCUUCUAAAAAGCAAAAUGGCAGAAAUAUAAUAAUCUCAGAAAUAGAAUUUGUUAAAAUAGUAUCCUCUCUUUUAAUAAGGCCAAGAAAUAAAAAUGUAUUCAAGAAGUAAUCUGUACAUCCCUAGCUGUUUGAUUGCAAUCACUUUUACAACCAGGCCUGAGUGAGGAAUGGCCAGCUCUCACUGUGGUUCACUCACCGAGUCGUUUCCUACAACAGAAAAUCCUGAGGGUUUGGCACAUUUUCCUGAUUCAGAGCUCUACCAAGACAAGGGACUGUUUGGUCUACAACAUGGCAAACUGACAAUGAAAAGUUUUUGGUACUACUGAAUUUACUGGUUAUUUUGGUACAAUGUAAAUAAAUGGCUUUUAGAGUUUUACCUAUUCCAUAUUACUCAAUAAUUCCCAGAGGCACCCAUAAAUAUCUGCAUUAAUGUGGGCAGACCAUUUCCCUGAUAGGCCUAUUCCCUGCUAUUUCAAAUGCAAGGCUUAGAUUAUUGGCUUUCUAACAUACCCCAUGCUUAGAUGGUCUCUCUUGCUAGGUGCCUAAGAGCUGUCUGGUGUUUUGUAUGUAAUUUAGAAUUGCAUGUUAACUUUAUCACAACGCAAAAUUAGACACCAUUCUGGAAUUUUACUUACUGUGUCUUUGUCCUGCCAUUUGAGAGGUAUGGUUUCUGAGAGAUAUUCUGAAAUGUUCAAGUGCAUGAAUUAGGUAAUGGUUUCAGUUUUGUACUAUGAGAGGAAACUCAACAUCAUCAUUGUGUUAUAAAUGCCAUGUGGGAAAGAUGUUUUACUUCUUUGCCUCUGUAUUCUCUUUGAUAUAUUCUUCUCAUUAAUACAUUGAAAUGCCCAAUUGUGCUAGGCUCUGAAUUUUAAAAAGCCUGGUUUAUAAUCUACCAUCAUUCAUUCAUCCAUCUAUUCUAUUAUUCAGUAACUUAAAAAUCUUCAUUUAAAACCAAUAUUCCAGAUCUUAGUGCAGAUCAAUACCAAGGCUCCUGCCCUCAUGGAAUUUACAUUCUAAAGAGAGAGAGUGGAGGAGGAGUUUGAAAGGCAGAAAACCAACACAACAAUUUCUGAAAGUAUGAAGACCCGUGAAGAAAAUAAAAUACAGUGGUAGGUGAAGGGGGAGUUUAAAAAUAAUUUGGUAAACAAUAAUGGUCAAAACCAAACCAUUUUCUGGGCUAACCUUGUCCUUGCUUCUUAAAAAAAAAAAAAAUGAGAUGGAAGUUCAAAGAUGCUAGGGGACAGAGACCAGUGAAAGAAUUUUCUCUAUUCCUCAUGCAAGAUAAUAUUCAGAUAUCACUUAGAUAGCUUUCAACUCUCUGCCCUGGGGUGAGUUACACCAAAUGGCUGCUUCCUCCUGGACCUCAGACUAAAGUCACCCACUUGGCUACAGGAGCCCCCAGGCAUGCUCUGCUGACUGCCUCAAGGCUGGGUCUGAACCAGCCCCAAUCUGGAGUGGAAUCAGCGGGCGGGUAUGGUUUCCUCACCUCUUUUAAGGCAUUAAGAAUCAAGUCCCUUUCUGUUUUCCAAAUAGAAACAUUAGAAGAUUAGGCAGCAUUUCAGAUCGAGGAGAAACUUCUCCCAGGAAUUUUAUAAACAUUACAUUGUCUCUUGUUGCAAUAUGACCAAUGUAUCUGGUGGAAAGGAACAUUCAGAUCUUGGUGUAACUUUUUUGAUAGUUAAAAUUUGUUAAUUUUGCAUUUUUUCCAAAAAGAAAAGGAAAGUUCAUGAGUUUCAAGAGCCCUACUGGCCCACAAAGGCAAAUUGGAUUGAAGGCAACUGCAACUUUGGUGUGGUUUAGGAAUAGAAAGACCGCCAGGGGCUGGAAAUAGUGAGCAUGGAGAGAUGAGGUUGAAAAAGCAGGCAAGAGACAGGUCAUGGCAGUUUCUCUCAUAAUGGAUCAUUAAAAAUCUACAUCAUCAAAUGAAUGUUGGCAUUUAGUAGAAUUUAUACCUUUUAUAUUUGUGUCAUUAAAAUGUCAUUGAAUAUUUUUAAUUUCAUGAACAGUUUACAUUAUGUUGAGACAAAUAUAGUCUACUGAUUAUGAGAAACACAAAGGCAAUUCAAUGGAGAAAAUAUAGUCUUCAACACAUGCAAAAAUUGUGCUAGAACAAUUUGACACCCGUAUGCAAAAAAAAAAAAAAAAAAAAGAAAAAAAGAAA